AUUAUCCGUCAGUUGCGCCUCAACCAUUUAAUUAUCUUCUGUUGUAACAUAAACUUGACUGCUUAGCUUCGUGCAGUCUCGCGUUUACGUGUCGACAGAUGCAGUGAAUCAUCCUUGACGGCCUGACUGCCAUGAGUCCAUCUAGUCAACGUGCCAACGCUUCCCUUCGGUCCUUGCGAACCAUCCUCGGUCGAAUCUCACCUUCACCCGCGUAGUCUCAUCAGUCAUCAUGGCGACCGACGUCUACCAACAAGCCGACGACCUCGACGGUCUUUUCGGCGACGACGAAGGCAUGGCCGAGUCUGCCGCAGCCACACCUUUCGAUGAAAGUUUCAGCAUGCCUGCCGAAGCCAACGAUGAGCUGAUGGCACUUAUGAAUGAGGCCGGCGGAGGCGAGGGGCUGAAUUGGGAUGAACUGAAUUCGAGAGCGUUGGAGCAAGGCGAAAAGGCCGACAAUGCCGUCGACUAUGAGGAUAUUGGUGAUGAUGAGUCCUUGCCGGACGAAGAGCAGACUCAGGAUGUCUCGAUGGAGAUGACUACAGACAUGCUGCCUGGUAUUGAGGACAGCGCCAUGGAUGGGCUUGACGACGAUGACUUGUUCGGGCCGUCAAGUCCUGUCCUGACCUCUCAUGAACCUCAGCCCGCUAGCGAACCCUUGAAAUCGAUCGACAAACCGGCGCAAGAUCCUGAUCAAGAGUUGGACCUUGCAUCUGAGCACGAAGACGAUGCUACAGAAGACAUUUCUAUGCUCCAGCAAGAAGUCGACGAGAUUGAAGAUGCCCAGUAUCGUCUGCAGCUGGCUUUGUUUGCUCAAUCUGGAAGAGACAUCCCAACUACUGAACAGGAAAAUGUUGAGGAAUGGUUGAAGCUGGAAUUUCCACGGUUCAAACGUGAUGAAGCACCCCACUUCAACAAGCUGUUCCCACCACGACCUCAGAAAUGGCAGGCAAAGACGCCUUUGAAGCCCCCCAAACAGGUUCGACCUUCCAAGGUCAACCUGGAGAUAGAGCAAGAUCAGAAGACGGCCUUCAACUCGGCAGUGGCGGUCCCUGAGCCGGAGUUCGCAUCCGACCUUGUACCAAUCCAGGAGCCUACAACUGCACGGCAAAUCGAAGAUUCCUCGGAAGAGUCCGAUCUCGACGAGCCACUUCCUAAUGGCCUGACUAUGUGCGACCUGGAGUUCAUGUGUACCGACUUUGAUACACUUUCUCACCUUGCAGCUUCAGACGACGAGAUGCAGGAGGUCAGGCCUCGUGUUGUCGGUAGCGAUGACGAAAUGUUCGGGUUUGAUGGGUUUGAGGACUUCGACCAGCCACGCAAGAGGCGACGCGUCGGUCUCGCCCCUCGUGAUAUCGUCAAAAUCCAUCAAAUUGACAUGGGGUUGUUUGAUGACCCCGAGCGCCAGACAGCCAAGCUUGCCGCAAAAGUCGUCCUUGACCUGAACGAUUCCGAUCUCCUGGUAGAGGAAGUUGAUACUGAAGCCGUCAAGGCCAAAGUGCGGCCAGGGGAGAAGACUGCAACGGUCAAGACGCUCAAAGAUCGCAUCUCGCAGCGCUUUAAGACAUCGAAUGACGCAGAGUAUGAGCUUCUCAAACAAAACCAUCAACACAAGGUCCGAGGACAGCUUACCAAUCUCAACAUUGAACACUCAGUUCCUGCCAUCAAGCUUCAAUACCCCUACUAUCAAGUUCGACUUCCGCUGCAAGAGCUUCGAAACUUCCAUCGAAAGAGAAUGCAUUUCAAAUACCCUAUCACAUUCUCGCCAACCGCGAAAAUCAAACGGAAACAUCAGAAGGGACGUCCUACGAAAGAAAUCUACGCCGGAACGAAAGACAUCUCUUUGGCCGACAAUUCGUCUACACUGCUUCUUGAAUACUCCGAAGAACAUCCGCUAAUGUUGUCCGAGACCGGAAUGGGUAACAAGGUUGUCAAUUACUAUCGCAGGCGGACCAGAGACGAUACAUCAAGGCCCAAACAUGACAUUGGUGAGACUUCCGUUUUACUGCCCGAGGAUAAAUCGCCCUUUUACAUUUUCGGGCAGAUCGACCCUGGUGAGACAAUAACAGCACUUUACAAUCACAUGUAUAGAGCCCCAAUCUUCCAGCAAAAUGCCAGCUCGCAGGACUUCUUGGUUAUCAGGGAAACAACCGGCAUGGGAGGACAAAAUCACUAUAUCCGCAACCUCGACAACGUCUACGUCGUGGGCCAGGAACUUCCAUCCACAACUGUCCCAGGCACUCAUUCUCGUAUGGUGACCACUGCCGCGAAAAAUCGGCUCAAGGCCAUAUCGUUCCGUAUUGCACGUCGCAAGAAGAACAAUAGAAUCAAAGUCGAAGAAGUGACACGCCAUUUCCCGGAUACCACAGACAUGCAAAACCGGCAGAAGAUGAAAGAGUUCAUGAUUUUCAACAAGGAAGUAAAGGAAUGGGAAAUGAGAGCUGGUGAAUCAGUGCCUGAUGAAGAUGUCAUUCAAACCCUCAUUCGACCCGAAGAUAUAUGCUUGCUCGAAUCCAUGCAGGUGGGCGCACAGUACCUACAGGACUCAGGGUAUGCGGACAAUGACGACGAGGACGACACUAAGGAAGGCAACGACAACGAUAGUAUAGAGCAGCAGCUAGCGCCCUGGCGAACGACCAAGAACUUCAUCCAGGCGACUCAGGGCAAGGCAAUGCUGAAAUUGUACGGCGAAGGUGACCCCUCUGGCCGAGGCGAGGCGUUUUCAUUCAUCAAAACAAGUAUGAAAGGUGGAUUCAGACCCAUUGGAGGAUCCGCUCAAGAUGCGAUUACUCUGAAAAAAGAGCUGGGCGGCCACAGCUACAACGUUGCCCGUCAGCAGAGAUCCUACGAAGAAUCAAUUCGAAAUAUCUGGGACAAGCAAAAGGCGAGUCUGGGAUCAAAGAUUGAACCUUCGGAUCUGGACAUGGAUGGUGACGUGGAUGCGCAAGAAGACAAGUAUGCGGAUCGUUCCAGCAUCCGAGCUACACCAAUGUCAGGGACGCAGACGCCUGCCCCUCGACGCCGAGACGAUGAAACAGCAACCUCGUUUAGCAGACGCAGCGUCAACAGUCAAACCCAGAGAGUUUUGCGUAUCGUCCGCACUGUGGUCACAAAAGAUGGCGAGAGCAUGGACCAAGAAUACUAUGAAACUGAUCCUGCGGUGAUCAAGCAGUACAUGAAGAUUAAGGAAACGGAGGAAGUGCAGUCCAUAAGCCUGACUGACAUCAAACCAACCGGGGACGCCGAGAAAGAUGCUCGGCAGCGCAAACGACUCGAAGAGGAACUUGCGAAGCUCGAAAAGAACGCUGCUCGAAGAAAACAACGAACCAAGAACAAGGCCGCCCUGGCCGGAGCCACUUCCCCUGGUGGUACCGCGAUGUCUCCCGAUGGCGACGGAGGUGGAGGUGGUGGUAAGAACACACAGCCGACCCAACGAAAAUGUGCCAAUUGUGGUCAAGUCGGUCAUAUCAAGACCAACAAAAAGUCCGUUAAGUGCCGAAAUUGCAAUCUCCCCUUUGAUCGCAAGAUUGGGUCCAUGUUAAUGGAUGCACCGAGUUUCGAUGACUUAUAUGGGAGAUGCCCCCAAUCUCUCUGGCCAGCAUCGACAACCCGUUGACCCAACUGUCCCUAUCCAUGUUUGGCUCGAAAACUCUUUGGCUCCAAAUCCCUUGGGGUGCAAACCCAGCUUCUUCUCUGAGAGAUUCCUCAAUAUCUCGAUGUGAGAGUCGAAAAUGGUUCCCCUGUUACAACUCGUCUUCGAGAUCAUAACUCAAAUCACGUUCCCUUGCCUUUUUUAACCAUCGCUUCCUUCGAACAUUCACUGACGAUAUCUUUCAAAGAUUAUGCCCGUUGCUCAACGGCACGAUCAAGCAGGAAGACGGCUACAACAACGCAGCCUUUAUGGGUGCACCGCCCACGAUGUCUUGAUACUGACUGCAUUGUAAUACUCAAACCACGAUUGGAGAUGUACAUUCUUGCGCCCAGCGAGAAAGUGGCUGGAAUGGUAUUGAGUCCGGGUGUUUGUGUUGACGCUCCGCGCCACCGGAGAGCACGAGCUGUGUAUCCGGGGUCGAGACUGAGUUGACGUGCCUGCACAUCUUAAAGCUUGAGCGGGGUGCCGAACAAGUUUCAUGGAUCCUGCAGAGCAGCCCUGGAAGACCAAAGAUAGGCAAUUGCGAAAGCACUCAUUCACUGUCGAGAUGUUUUGCUAUUCUUGUUAACUACCUGUUUUUAUCGUCUUGACUAAGGCACAUGGUGACGGCUGACCAGAGUGCAGGACAGGUAUGCGGUUGUCUUCGGUGAAACGUCUGGAGUAUUGGUCGAACGUGAUGCAAAUCUUAUCCUUCGGGUUCAAUGCCUGUUUACCAGCCUAUGUGCCCAAUGUAUCUGCUUUGCCCACGGCUCCUGGGAAUUUCGUCCGUUUACCUCAAAUUUGAUAUAUCCCGAGCCCAAUAAUCGACUACUGCCAAAAGGUCUCGGCAAUGGCAAACGCCCGCAAUUUGUUGAUCAUUAUGACCCUUUCCCAUUCCUCUUUCACUCCACGUGAACUGUGAGAUCAAUGGCAUGAAAGGUGGAAUGGAACAUCGCCUUGACAGGGCCCGGCUUUCUUCACGAUGCUGGGGAGUCAAGGAAAAGUGCAAUGCUUCACUGUAUGAGCACCUGGGUCACUGCCUCCCGGGGCCCUAUUGUGCUGCUUAGUCUCCGGGAUCGGGCCUUCACUCAGCAAGCAGCGAGGCUCAUUGAAGUUGGCGAUGGAAGUUGGCGACUUCCCUUGACAUCUCGAGAAAUAUAUGUAUAUAUGUAUAUAUCUCUCUC